AAAUGCAAACCAAACAAGUAUAGAAUAAACCUUUUCUUUUCCUUUCUUUUUCUGCUUUCAGUCUUCACCUUCCACUCACCACCACCGUCUCUGUUCGUAGGUCACCGCCGUACGCCGCCAAUGGCCGCCAUCAUUUCACGACGGUUCAGGUUACCAUCUUCAAUCCUAAGAGCCUCUCAUUCUUCUUCUUCAACCCACUUCCCAAUCCUCGAACCCUUCUCCCAACACCCCUCUUCCUCUUUCACCUUUCGACCCUUUUUCUCACAAUCCACAACCCCUUCAAACCCAGUUCCAGAUCGAAAACCCUCCAUUAACACCUUCUAUGGCGUCAAUUCCAUGAACCCUUUUGUUCCAGUAGCAAAACCCAGGUUUUUCUCAACCCCAAAUCCAUCAUCAUCAUCAGACUCAUCUUCAGAAUCUGAGAAUACCCAGAAGCCAAAUCAAACCGAAAAUCCAUACCCGAGUCAAAACCCGCAUUUCAAGCACCAGGAGAUCGAAGGCCCCACCGUAGAACGCGACCUAUCACCGCUAGCCAACGAGACGCGAGAGGUUCUGGAAACGACGAUGAAGAAUGUGUAUGGUUUGAGCAGAGUUGUGGCGGUUCUGGGUCUGGUUCAGCUUGGUCUUGGAGCUUGGAUCACCUACGUGACGAGAUCUUCCCCGAUCACUGAGGUUUCGGUGCAGAGUUUUGUGGCGUUUGCGUUGCCGUUUUCUCUGGCGUUUAUGCUUCGCCAGUGUUUGAAGCCGAUGCAUUUCUUGAAGAAGAUGGAGGAGCAAGGUAGGUUGCAGAUUCUGACGCUGACUAUGCAAGUUGCGAAGCAGUUGAAUGCUUUCUUUGUGAGGGUUCGUGGGGUUUCGUUUCUUUGCAUUGUUGGUAUGUCUGCUGGGUUGGUUUUUGCUGUGUUUUCAAGAUGAAGCUGAUUUUGGUUCCUCAGAAUAUGUUCUAUCAACUGAGGGUGUUUUUUUAUUUUGUUGAGUGAUUAGUAACAAUGUUUACAUUGUAAUUGGGAUAUUGGUGAAACCAGAAAGGAGAAAUAAUCUUCACAAUAGGAUGUGUUUUUGCUAUAUGAACCUGCUUUUUCUCU